GCCCCUCUUUCCUCAAAGAAACAAAACGCACGUGACCCUACAUUACCAAAAUUAUAAAAUCUUUUUUCUUUUUUAUUAUUAUUUUCGAUUCUGAAAACGGAAGAAUUGAAUUUUCAACAAUGGCUAUGGCUAUGGCGAUGGAGGACAACGAAGGAGAAGAAGAACACCCAUCGUUUCCCAAUCACAAGCUCUGUGGUUAUCUCUGCACGGUUCUCACUUCUUCUCACCCUUCUCCUCCUCUCGGCACUCGAUUUCACAUCCUCCGCCAUGAUUCCCACCUCGUUUUCAGGUCCGACGACGUCGUUUUGUCCCCCGUCGAUUCACCAGAAACUAAAUUGUCUGGCUCAGAGGAAAGUUGCGGAACUCCUGUAGGGAUGGGGAAGAGGAAGAGGAAGAGAAGCAUUGGAAUGGUGAAUGGGAGUAUGAGUAUAGUGGAACAGAUUUACGCAUUGUUGACAAAUAAAUGUUUGCAGAUUGAUGCGAGAAUGGUGUGGGCUGAGGAAUUCAAUGGCGUUUCGACUUCGAAUUCAACCUCAGUUGCAGGAGAGGUCAGAGUAGUGUUACUCGUCGAUGUUUAUCUUCCGAUUGAGUUUUGGUCCGGUUGGCAGUUCCCCAAAUGCGGUUCCGUUGCUGGUGCUGUGUUCAAACACUUGAGUUGUAACUGGGAACAAAGAAGAUUGAUGAUUGCCAAUGUAGAUUAUGUUAAAGAUACCUUAGCAGCUGGUAGGGGGAUGUGGAAUCUCUCUGAUUGUCAUGUUCUUGGAUGCGAGUUGCAUUAUAAUGUCACUGAUACUUCAAAGAAAAAACUGUUUGAACUUCAUGAAAUUUUUCAGAGUUUACCUAGCAUUACGGAGAUGGGAUAUCCCAAUUCUUACAGAAUACAACCUGUUGGUGACUAUAGUGGAUCUGGCAUAUGGGAACUAUCUGAUGACAUUUUGAUUAAAAUACUAGCUCUUCUUGGCCCAACAGAUUUAGUUAGGACUGCUGUAACCUGUCGUAACUUAAGAUUCUUGACUGCAUUAAUCAUGCCGUGUAUGAAACUUAAAUUGUUUCCUCAUCAGCAGGCAGCUGUGCAGUGGAUGUUACACCGUGAGCAGCAUGCUGAAGUCAUGCCACAUCCCCUUUACAUUGCUUUCACGACUGAAGACGGAUUUUCUUUUCACGUGAGCACUAUUACUGGUGAAAUAGUCUCUGAUAUACCACCUACUGUCAAUGAUUUUCGUGGGGGGAUGUUUUGUGAUGAACCUGGCUUAGGCAAGACAAUAACAGCACUUUCCCUCAUCCUCAAGACACAAGGGAAAUCAGCAGAUCCACCAGAUGGUGUAAAUGUGAUCAGGUGUACUCACAAUGGUGAUCAGGCAUGUGGCUAUUAUGAUCUUAAUAAUGAUUAUGUGGUUGGCAGUAUUGUGACCCCAGGAAAGAGGGUUGUGAAUAAUAAAGCAAACACAGGUGGUGAGAAGCUUGGCUACUGCUCAUCUAAAAGAGGUAGGCCAAGUUUUCCUAAUGAGCACAAUGCAAGAGUUAAGGAAUUAUGCUCUAAUAAACAAAAAGAAACCCCAGGAGCUACUUGCUCUGAGCCAGCACUGCCUGUGACUCGUUGCACAAGGAACUUGAGUCGCGUCAGGAAAAGCCUAUUUUCUACUGAAGACAAAGAUUAUGGUCACUUAAAUGAAAAAAAAGCAGCAUUGAAUUCUCGCAAAGGUAAACAGACUUUGGAUGGAGCAGGACAAGUCUCUUGGGAAAAACAUACUGAUUUGUCAUAUGAACUUUCGAACAUGUCCAAGAAGCCUAGCAAAGUAACUACUGAUCAUGACAACUGUAACGAUACUUGGAUUCAGUGUGAUGCUUGUAGCAAGUGGCGGAGGUUUCUGGAAAGCAGCACGUCGGAUGCUAAUAUAACAUGGUUUUGUAGCAUGAAUACUGACCCUCUAUAUCAGAGUUGUACUGUUCCAGAGGAAACAUGGGACAAAGGCGAGCCAAUAUUAUCUUUACAAGGAUUCUACACCAAAGGAACCUCUGGAGGGCAGGAACAGAAUAUUUUAUUCUUUGCUAAUGUGCUCAAGGAGCAUAGGUUCUUGAUGAAUUUUGCAACCAAGACAGCCUUGAGGUGGUUAAUUACACUUUCUCCAGAAAAGCUGUCAGAAAUGGAAACAAUUGGACUUAGAGGCCCUUUCAUUAGCACGUGUGUAGAGUCAGGUGAAGAUGCCAUUGGUUUUCAGAAAAUAUUUGAAUCAUUUGGUCUUAGAAGAGAAGUCACAAAACGUAUUAUUAGGUGGUGUUACCCACAAAACCUUCGCAACUUGGUCUUUGAUGUGGCUGCUCUGAAAAUUGCUCUUUCUCAGCCGCUGGAUUCAACUAGUAGGUUGUAUGUAUCAAGAGCAACCCUGAUAGUUGUUCCUGCAAAUCUAGUUGAUCAUUGGAAAACCCAAAUUCAGAAGCAUGUCAGACCUGGUCAGCUACGAAUCUAUCUUUGGACUGAUAACAGAAAGCCUUCUGCACACAGUCUGGCCUGGGACUAUGAUGUUGUCAUAACUACUUUCAAUCGCUUAAGUGCAGAAUGGGGAACCCGUAAGAGAAGUGUCCUAAUGCAGGUUCAUUGGCUUAGGGUCAUGUUAGAUGAGGGACACACCCUCGGCUCUAGUGUUGGCUUGACAAACAAACUGCAAAUGGCUGUUUCAUUAGUUGCUUCAAACCGUUGGAUAUUAACAGGAACACCAACUCCUAACACACCCAACAGUCAUCUAUCCCACCUUCAACCGUUGCUUAGGUUUCUUCACGAGGAAGCUUAUGGGCUGAAUCAAAAGUCAUGGGAAGCUGGAAUUCUUAGGCCUUUUGAGGCAGAGAUGGAAGAAGGACGCUCUCGUCUGUUGCACUUACUUCGCAGGUGCAUGAUUAGUGCUCGAAAAGUAGAUUUGAAGAACAUUCCGCCUUGCAUAAAAAAGGUUACAUUUGUUGAUUUUACUGAGGCACAUGCAAGGAGUUACAAUGAACUAGUAGUUACAGUACGGCGUAAUAUUCUACUGGCUGAUUGGAAUGAUCCUUCUCAUGUUGAAAGUCUGUUAAAUCCAAAGCAGUGGAAGUCCCGGAGCACAACUAUUAAAAAUAUUAGGCUAUCUUGCUGUGUGGCAGGGCACAUAAAAGUAACAGAUGCCGGUGAAGAUAUUCAGGAAACUAUGGAUGUUUUAGUUGAAGAGGGUCUUGAUCCCAUGUCAGAAGAGUAUGCUUUCAUUAAGUAUAACCUCCUUUAUGGUGGAAACUGUGUCAGGUGUGGGGAGCGGUGCCGUUUACCUGUCAUUACGCCAUGUAGGCAUCUUUUGUGCCUCGAUUGUGUUGAAUUGGACAGCAGAAGAUGCACUUAUCCUGGUUGUGGCAAUUUAUAUGAGAUGCAAACUCCUGAUACCUUAGCUCGGCCAGAAAAUCGAAAUCCAAAGUGGGAUGUCCCUAAAGAUCUUAUCGAGUUACAACCAUCAUAUAAACAGGACAACUGGGAUCCUGAUUGGCAAUCAACAUCCAGCAGUAAAGUUUCUUAUCUUAUACAUAAGCUGAAGGAACUACAGGACGCUAACAGGGAGGUCUAUCAGUCUAUGGACGGUGGCACUGGCAACCAAAAUAUUGAGUUUUUACUUUCUUCUUCUAGAAUGAAUGAAUUUGAUGAACGGACACAAGACUUUGGUAGUUUUAGAACGAGUUCUACUCACAAAAGAAUUAAAGAUAAAGUAUUGGUAUUUUCUCAGUUUCUGGAGCAUAUACAUGUUAUUGAGCAACAGCUAACCAUGGCUGAUAUUAAAUUUGCUGGGAUGUAUAGCCCAAUGCAUGCUGGCAACAAGAUGAAGUCGUUGGCUACGUUUCAGUAUGAUUCAAAUUGCAUGGUGCUUUUGAUGGAUGGAAGUGCUGCACUCGGUCUCGAUUUGAGCUUUGUGUCACAUGUCUUUUUGAUGGAACCAAUAUGGGACAAAAGUAUGGAGGAACAAGUCAUCAGUCGUGCUCAUCGCAUGGGUGCUACACGUCCUAUUCAAGUAGAAACUUUAGCAAUGCGAGGUACCAUAGAAGAACAAAUGCUGACUUUCUUACAGGAUCCUGAAGAGUGCAGAAAACUUUUAAAGCAACAGUUUGGAAGGACUGAUUCUGAAGGUACUCGAAAUCAUCGCUCAUUGCACGAUUUCGCUGAGAGUAAUUAUCUCUCUCAUAUUGGGUUUGUGCGGAAAAAUCCUAAGACAUAAAAAGGGAUUGUAGAUAGAGAGUUUGAACAUAGAAAUAUGCACUUUUGAUUCAUUAUGCAUUGCCUAUUGUGCGGAGGCUGACGCAUCAGAUUGCUGGACAUACUUUGACUUAUGAAGUCUGCUAACAAUUCCUAAUUUCAAGAAACAUUGCCUCAAAUGGCAUCUCUUAGAUACCUUUUUGUAACUUGCAAUUGCAACCAUUUUCUCAUAAAUCAUUAUUUUUUGAUUGAGAUAAAAGGGGUGAAAAGGAAUUGGGAUAUGGUGGGGAAAGAAAGGAUGUGGACAUUGAUGUACAUAUAAAUUAUAAUCAUCAUUUAUAUUAAGGAAUUAUUUUAUUCUGA